AUGCAGACGGGCAGACAACAACAGGACAAUGGCCGCGCCGCCAGCCUGCCACCGCCUCCGCAGCCAUCGGCGGGCGAGCCACCGGACAGGGACUUCUUCGCAUCGGGACAGGCUUCCCCGGCCACCUCAGCCGUCGACCUUCCCAAUGGUCGUCCAGCGACGCCCCGCGCGACGCAUGCUACCACUGCUGCUGCCUCUGCCUCCACGCCGCUCUCCAAGCACCCGCACAUCUCCCUGCCCGGCAUCAGCCCUGAAGUCAGGAGCCCGGCAGCCAGCCUGGUCAGACCGCCGCCGCCGAGGCGGCCGGCGCAGCUCAAUGGCGCACCUAGUGGCAGCCCCACUCCCUCCUCGUCCCAUCUCUCGUCGCAGGUCACCUCAAGCAUCUCAUCGGGCGGACAUCCAUCCACUCCUGCCACCUCGACCCGCAAGCCUCUGCACAGCCUCGUCCCUCCCACACCUCCCUCCCUCGCCAGCUCCCGCGAUACCCCUCCCUCGCAGCGCAAGCGCGUCAGGCUCGACGUCGAAGCCGACGACGACACCUCGCCCGCCCAACUGCCCCUCUCUGGACUCUCCAGACCGCUGCCACCCCCCACACCUACCCCGUCUUCCGCCGCCGCCGCAGCUCGUCCAACACUGUCUAUGUCCACGCCAGCGACGCCGCUGCGGCCCCUCAACCCGCUCAGCAUCCAAGACAUGCAGCGCAUCCUUCCGCCAGAACAGCUGCAUCCCCCGGAUCCUCGCACUCGAACUCGGCCUGAUGCUGCCCACGCCCCGAUCACGGAUCAACCCCUCCGCGGCCUUGGAACCAUGCGCCCCCCGCCCCUGGCACCACCGCCAAUAGAGACGGAACCGAUGCCGUGGUCGUACCGCUACCUUCGCACAGGCUUACCCGAGCUCGACGCGCGCUUUGGCAGAUCGUACGAGGCGGUACAGACCGCCAUCGAUAUCCGCAGUGAGACCGAGAUCGGAACGACGGAAGGGGCCGAAGCAGGCCCUUCAAACCUGGCGGCUGCCGUCGACCGCAUGUGCGUCGGCAUACCUUCUGGCUCGGCGAUCGAGGUAAUCGGGCCGCCCGGAUCCGGCAAGACGGCCUUUUGCGUCCAGAUGGCGGUCCAGGAACGCAUCGACAGCCUGGUCUCUACCAGGAUCGAGAUGUGGCGCCAUGAUCAAGCGGGCGGGCCCACGGAAACAGAGAUUACGGAAGAGGAACGGAACCGAGCGCUGUUCGCGGAAGAGUACUGGGAUGCCGAGCUCACCAGCUCAAACCAGGUGGUGCUCAUAGACACCGAGGGCGGCAUGCUGCCAGAGAGGAUCCUGGACGCCGUCUGGAGCAAGGUACUUCCGCUAUGGACGCAACACUCUGGCAGCGAGCGCGAGCAGGACGCACAUCGGGUGCCCGCGCACCGGCAAGCCCGGCACGAAAAGGCCAGGCGGCGCAGCGCUCCCGAGGUGGUUCGGAGGCUGGUCAUGGCCGUGCUGGCGGGCCUCCACGUCUCGCGGGUGACCAGGACGGCCGAGCUGGUGGCCACGCUCUCGAUGCUGCGGCCAAGCGAGGAUCAGGUGGUGGCGCAGCUGAAAGCCGAAGCUGCCAGAGCGCGUCGACCCGCAUCCGGCGGCGGCGGCGGCGGCGGAUCACAGCGGCGCCGACGGCACCCACAAGAGGGCAGCCCUGUGCAGCUCGAAGAUGCUGGUGGCUUCACGCCCAUCCUGCCACCUCGGACGUCGCUGAUCGUCAUCGACUCGAUCUCGCACCCGCUACGAUCGCAGCCCGCCGACGCAGAGGAACGGAUGGCGCGCGAGAUUCUCCUGAGGCAGCUGAGGCAGCUCCAGUCGCUCGUCAAUGAGCCGAUGCUCGGACUCAAGCGGACGUCGUCGGAUACGAGCACCGAGGAAGCCGAGAGGCGGUACCCGCUGACGCUGGUCUGCACCAACCAGAUGUCGGUGCGCCUCUUUUCCUCGACGGGCUCCACGUCCAACUUCACGUCCAAGGGAGCAAUCUCGAUGCUGACGCCUUCACUGGCAGGGCCACAGGAGAGCCGGAGGGGCCAGCACGACCACCAGGCCCAGCCCAGCGUCGCCCUGGGCGGACCGCCCGUCGCACCGCCGCGCUCCGCCUCGUCGUCGUCGUCGUCUUCGUCGGCAUCGAUGCCGGCGUCGUCGCCGUACUCGUCGUUUGCAUCGACACCGUCGACGAUGAUGGCGGCCAUGAUGAUGGGCGAGUCCGGUGGCGGUGUCGGUGGAGGAGGAGGAGGAGGGGUGUACGGCAUGGGGCAGCAUCUGGCUGCGUCGGCGCAGUUUCAGAGGACGGUCUACCAGGGCGCUACGAGUGCAUUGGACGUCAACGUGUGGCGCGUCAUGCUCAAGAGGGAGGGCGUCUGGGGCGAUAGGGUGGCGCAGAUCAUCGCGAUACCGCGCCACCUGGCCGAGCAGGUACCCCGUCUGUUUGAGAUCGCACGGCAGCCCACCCGUCCCCGCGCUGCCGCUGCCGCUCCCGCCGGCGCUGGUGGCACGGCAUCCGAGGCGGCGGUGCGAGGCGAAACCGGCCGCGAAGACGACGAUGACGACGAGGAUGACGUGGAUCGACUUCGGGUUAAGCUGCGCGCCCUCCUCGCCACCCUGCGCGACGAGGCGCGUCGCCCCAUCCCCUUUGUCGUCACCGCCGCGGGACUCGUUUCCGUCUCGCCGGACGAGUAA